CCCUCCUUCCUCCUCCUCCUCCUCCACCUCCUUUAUCCCCGUCUUCUCCCCUCUUUUAUCCAAGUGUUCGUGGUCCCCUCAUUCCCACAGCGACUCAGAGCCGUGGAGCGUCACAUGCCACCAUGAGUGUCCUGACACGCAGUUUCCUCUUCCUCCUCCUCCUCUGCCUCCCCAUCCUCACCGAGGCCAAGCGGCAGUCUGGUGAAGGGAAACCUGAAAAACCCCGCCAGCCACCAACAUCCUCCCCACCUGCCAAGAGGGCUAGAAAUCGCUCGGUGCCUGGCUCUGGGGAGCUGACCACCAAGGAGGGCCAUCGCUGCAUUUGGCAGACGUCUGGUGAGGGCAUGGUGAGCCUACUGGUGAACUGCACCACUGAAACACUGGGAGACCAGCAGAGGUAUUGGUGCCGUUACGCCGGUAAACCAGACCUUUGCCAGGCCUAUGGGGUGAAGUCCAGCCAGUACUGGAAGCAGCUGGUGGGGAAGCUGAAGAAGAGGCAGAAUGCCUGUGAUGGAGAGAAAGUCCUGAAGGCCAAAACCUGCAAGAAGGCUCCGGCCGAGGCCCACAUGAAGCUCGCCCAACGCAGUGGAGAGGAGGAAAAGAAGGGAGGAAAGGAAGGAGGGAAGAAGAGAGUAGCACCAGCCAGUAAGAACUCAGAUGGGGGGAAGUCAGAGAGGAAGAAGAAGAAGGAGGAGGAGGAGGAAGAAGAGAAGAAGAAGAAGGAGGAGGAGGAGGAGGAGGAGAGGACUGGGUUUGAUGAUGAAGGGUUGGUGAACGACAUGGAGCCAGUGCAGAGUUACUGCAGCGAGGGAUGGCACGCCGUCUGCUCAUUCUUUGUCAAGUUUUUUGAGGGUUGAUUGGAAAUUGUGUAAAAAAAAUGUAAAGCUCAUUUUUGUUACACGAUGGCGUGAGUUCACAAUCUGAAAACAACCGUUAUAAAGAUGUUUUUUGAAGUACAAAGUAAAAGCGGAGUCAAGAUUUGGUCAUAAAACAAAACACUUUGUUAAUAUGAGCUGUUUUACAAAUGGGGCCACAUGGUGUCGAGAUUGCAAUAGUGAAGUGACAAUUUAAACUUGGCAAUCUGAACUUUUUAAAAAUUGAAUCAGACCUAUCAAUAGUGCAUGAGAGCCACACUUCA